AUGAGAGCAACAUCGAUCAUCCUAUCAGGAGUUCUUGUCCUGGCCGCUUGCCUUUUGAGGAGCAGCGAAGCGGUGACCUGCACCGCCGACUCCACCGUCGCUGGAUGCAUCGACUGCACAACCGAUCCAACCGAUCCCGAGUGCGUGGCUGAGGCCGCUGCUAAUACCACUACGAAACCCGCAGAUGGUACAGAUACCACGACACCCGCCACAGGAGGAAGCUCCGAUGUGACCCCGGCGGGAUCUACGACGCCUACUUCGCCGAGCGGCACUGUCACUCCAGCUCCGACCAGCCCACCUAGCGACUCCUCGUCGCCCAGCGACUCCUCACCCAAUUCAAACAACGCGGCUGCCAGAAGGAGGAGGAGGAUGGCGGCCAGGAGGCGCGCUCAAAGAAGGAGGCGUGCACAAAGGAGGAGGGACCAGAGGAGGAGGAGGGCCCAAAGGCGCAGGAGGCAAAACCGAUCGGGCUAG